AACAUGACUUCCGGGGGGCAGUAAAGGGGGCUGGUGUGAGAGCUGGGGCAGUUUCUGCUGGAUGAGACACUGUGUCACAUAUAAAUGCAUAAAUCGGGAGCGAUUCAGCUAUAUCUUUUAGUUUAUAUCUUCUCAAUAUCAGGCCACUUCUAUCAUCCGCAGACGGGUCUUUCACAGGCGUGAAGAUGAAUAAACAGCCCAGUAAAGAGUCUCUGCGGGACAGGCUGAAGGGAGUGUUUGGCCUCGGUUCGUCCCGGCCCCACAGCAAGCAGACGGAGAGCAAACCCUCAGAGUUUAUCAUCACACUGGAAAUCCUGAUGGAGCUCACUCCAGAGUCCAGCCUAAACCACCGGAUCAAAGUCAUCCACCAUGUGUGUGAUCUCGCCAAAUCCAAGAAGUUUGAGGAGCAUGCGGUGGAGGCGUUAUGGAAGGCCGUGGAGGAUAUGAUGCACCCUGAACAACCGCCUGAAGCCCAUCAUGCAGUGCUGGUGCUGCUGAGAGCCAUUAUACAAGGACAGGGUGAGCGGUUGGGUCCAUUAAGAGCGUACUUCUUUAAGAUCAUUCUGGACUAUCAGCCCUCUAAUGAAGAUCUGGCCGAGAGACUGGAGGUGUUCAAGGCCCUCACGGAGAACGGGAAAGACAUCACUUACCUAGAGGAGGAGAUCGCUCGGUUCGUCCUGCUGUGGAUGGAAAUCGGUCUGUCCUCAGAUUUCCUGCAUGUCCUCGUGAACCUGGUCAAAUUCAACUCGUGCUACCUGGAUGAGAACGUCUCCCUCAUGGUCCAGAAAAUCUGCUUUCUGUGUAACCGGACGACUUCCUCCACCGAUAUUGAGGUUGCGCUGCAGGUGUUAGACGCUGUGGUGUGUUAUAACUGUCUGCCCUCGGACUCUCUGACGAUGUUCAUCAUCACGCUGUGCCGAACCGUUAAUGUGAAGGAGUUCUGUGAAUCCUGCUGGAAGUUGAUGCGUAAAGUGUUGGGGACUCACCUGGGUCACAGUGCCAUAUACACCAUGUGCCGUAUCAUGGAGGAGAGGGUGUACUCGGAGGACGCCGCUCUCCUCAGGGGUGCAGUGUUUUUUGUUGGGAUGGCGCUGUGGGGGGCUCACAGACUACCUGCCCUCAAAAACACCCCCACUCUGGUCCUGCCUUCCUUCUACAAGGCCAUGAGCUGCUCUAAUGAGGUGGUGUCCUAUGAGAUCGUGCUGUCGAUCACGCGGCUCAUCAAGAAGUACGGGCGAGAGCUGCAGGUGGUGACGUGGGAUAUCCUGCUGUCCGUUAUAGAGAAACUCCUGCAGCAGAUACAGACGAUGGGCAGUCCUGAUCUGAAGGUGAUCGUUUAUGAGCUACUGAGCACCGUCGAGGAGCUGUACGAGCAGAACGACUUCCACGGGUCCUCAGAGAGAUUCUUCAGCCUGGUGGAGAAGUGCGCUGAGAAACGUCCCGACGCGUCCGUGUUGACGCUGAUUUCCUACAGAGCUCAGUCCAUCCAGCCGGCCAAAGACGGGUGGCUGCAGAACCUCCUGAAACUCAUGGAGAAGUUCUUCAGGAAUGAGAGCCGUACUAUGAUCAGGAUCAAGGUUCUGCACAUCCUGUCCUUCGUGCUCAGCACAAACCGACAGCUCUAUGAAGAGGAGCUGAUCGAGGUGGUGGUGAUUCCUCAGCUGGGUCAGAUCGCUGAAGAUCGAGACCUGUCCGUCAGGAAGCAAGCCACGCAGCUGCUGGUGGAUCUCGCCGAGGGCUGUAACACGCAUCACUUCAGCAGCCUGCUCGACAUCAUAGAGAAGGUUGCCAGCCGUCCAUUAUCAUGCUCUGUGGAGGGAGAACGAGAGCUGUGUCUGGAGUCGCCCAUGGAGGACGUCCGAACCGCCAUACUGGGUCUGCUAGACAUACUGCAGAGUAAACUGUACAGUCUGCCCGCCAGUCACGCCAGUCGAGUGUUCGAGCUGCUGAUUGCUCAUCUGCAGCUUCACUAUAAGAACAAAUACUGCAGUGCCAUCGGAAGCUCCAUACGGCUAAAGGUCUUUGAUUUCUUAUUGCUGAUGAGGGCGGACUCUCUUCAUCGCCUGGGCGUUCCCAAUAAAGAUGGAGUCCUGAGAUUCAGCCCAUAUUGUCACUGUGACGUGGGUGAGUCGGAGAAGAGGGUGUCGGAUAAGAAGCCGGCGGGAACGGUGUCUCCCCCGUCAGGGAGUCCUACUCCAGCGGCUCCGCCCUCAUCCAUCCGCACCGCAUAUCUGCCCUACAACCUGGCCUUCAACGUGCUGCUGCAGUGCCUGAAGAUGGAGACUGACUGGAAGGUCCUGAAGCUGGUUCUGGAUAAGAUGUCGUGCACAAUCCAGUAUAAAGUGCUGAUAUUGUCGUCUCCGUGCAGCAUCGAUCAUCUCUGCUCCACCCUAUGUUCCAUGGUCACGGACCGGCUAAUAUCGGAGCGUUUAAAGAAAACUCCCGAUGGAUUCUCCCUCACGGAUGUUCAGCUGGCUGUGGUUCCUGUCCUCACUGCCCUCACCUCCUACCACAGCCACCUAGAACAGUCCCGACAGAGGGAGCUGGUUCAGUGUUUGGAGAAAGGCCUGAUUUACCGAUGCGCUAAGCAGUGUGUGGUGGCUCUGACCAUGUGCACCGUGGAGAUGCCUGACAUCAUGAUCAAACUCCUGCCCGCCCUCAUCGUCAAGCUCACACACAUCUCUGCCACCGUGGCCAUGGCGUCUCCCAUGCUGGAGUUCCUGUCCACAUUGGUGCGGCUCCCGCGUCUGUAUGCUAACUUCGUAGCCGAGCAGUACGUUAGCGUGUUUGCUAUAUCCCUGCCGUACACCAACCCUUCAAAGUUUAAUCAGUACAUCGUGUCUCUAGCGCAUCAUGUGAUCGCCAUGUGGUUCAUCCGCUGCAGGCUGCCGUUCAGGAAAGACUUCGUGCAGUACAUCACCAAGGGUCUCCGUUCAAACGCUCUUCUGCCGUUUGACGACACAAACGAGCAGAGCAGCUUCAGAGCGCGCAGCACCAGCCUGAACGAGAGACCCAAGAGUUUGCGGACGACCAAAGUGGCGAAGCAAGGCCCCAGCGCAAACUCUCCCGUUAAAGACCUGAAAGAUCUGUCGGCUAUGGACGCCUUCCGCUCCCGAAGCAUCAGUGUGUCCGAGCAUGCGGUGCGCAGGAUGCAGACGUCCACCACCACCUGCAGCCUGGGCUCGGCCGACGAGAACGCAGUGAUGCAGGCAGACGACGCGCUGAAGACGGUCCACCUGGAGCUGACCGAGACCUGCCUGGACAUGAUGGCCCGAUACGUCUUCUCCAACUUCUCUGCGCUGCCCAAGAGGUCUCCCAUUGCCGAGUUCCUGUUAUCCGGUGGACCCAGUAUGACUUGGCUGGUUGGGAAUAAGUUAGUCACUAUAACAACCAGUGGCGGCUCGCGAACCCAAGCGCUUCUCGGUCUGGACAUGGCAGAGAGACCCGGAGGAGGAGAAAUGACCAGGUCGGACCCGUCUCUUCACACGCGGCAGACGAAAGAGGCUCCGGCUAUACUAGAGUCACAGUCCGGCCAGCAGAUCAACACCAACACUCGCACACGAGUCCGCUCCAUAUCAGGUGGUCACGCUCUGCGGGCCGGUCCAGCUCAGAGUCUGAGUCCCCUGGUGGCGUCUCCCGAGGGCGAGUACAGCGGCCCGUUGCCUCCGCCCGGCCCCCCGCUGGACGUCCUGGGGUCCCAGAGGGGAAUCGAGGACCACCCGCCUCCCUCAACCUCCCACAACUCGCCCCCGUUCAGAGACAAGUCCUGCCUGGCUGAGUUUGUGCCCAUGCUGACGCAGGGCUGGGCAGAGAUCUUCAUCCGCAGACCCUCAGGUAACACCAGCUGGCUGAUGUGUCUGGAGAACCCGCCGAGCCCCUUCUCCUCUGAGCUGGGGAACCUGCCGCUGCAGGAGCUGUCCAGCGUGCUGAUGGCCAUGGACGGGGUGAAGGAGUCCCGGAGCGAGGCCCCUGUAGCCCCCCCGCAGGGCAGGCCCUGUCCCAUCCAGCGGUCCAACACCGUGGGCGCGCUCAGCUCUCUCUGCUCCCCUGAUACACCCGGCAGGUUUCACAGGAGUAUUUCCUGGGCAGACUCUGUUGUGUUGGAAGAGGGUGUGCAGAGCAGGACGGGCGCGUCACCGGCGGAGUCGCAGGAGCUGGAAGAGUUCGAGGCCGUUCCUUCUGAGCCGAUCUUCAUGAGCACCAGUGCGACACCAGCUGGCAUGCUGAGCCGGUCCUCCUCGACGUCCAGUCAGGAGGAUAAGUCGACGCUGGAGGAGGUGAGUGAAGGCGGGAUCCCGAUCGACCAGCCCGCGCUGAGCCCCGGACCACAUGACCCUGACCUCCCCUUCUCCCCCACACCCCUGAAACAGUCCAGCUCGUCCCCCGAGCUGCAGACGCUCCCCGAGGCGCUGAGCGAAGCCCAAAGUGCCCCGGGCGGAGAUGUGCUGUGCCCCAGGAUCCAGACGGCCCCAGGCCCGGAGAGAGAGGCCCCGGGGGAGAGCGUUGGGUCCGCCGGCCCGUCCAGCACCAGCACCAGCGUCUCGGUCUCUUCAUCGUCCACGUCCCGGAUGAGGCUGGAGUUCCCCACGGCCCAGCCGGGACCCCAGUCUCCCACCGGACACAGACCCCGCGGACACACCAUUUCAGUGUCCGCACCCUCGUCCCGCAGGGAGAGGAAGAUGGACAGAGACUCGUACCACAACCGAGGAGGGCCAUCCAAUGCAGAGAAGAGCUCAGGACUCAGUCCCAGUUUCGUCUUCCUGCAGCUCUAUCACUCUCCCUUCUUCGGCAACGAGUCCAACAAACCCCUCCUGCUGCCCAAAACCCAGCUGAUAGAUCGUGCCGUUAAAGUCUUGGAUCAGAUGCCUCCGUACGACACGCACAAGAUCGGUGUGGUGUUUGUGGGAGCCGGCCAGGCAAAUAACGAGGUGUCAAUACUGUCCAACGAGUACGGGUCCAACCGGUACGCACAGUUCCUGACGGGCCUGGGGAAACUGAUCCACCUGAAGGACUGCGACCCGGACCAGAUCUUCCUGGGUGGACUGGACCAGCACGGGGACGACGGCGAGUUCACCUACUGCUGGCAUGAUGACAUUAUGCAAGCCAUUUUCCACAUAGCCACUCUCAUGCCGAACCGAGAGAGCGACAAGGGCUGCUGCAACAAGAAGCGCCACAUCGGCAACGACUUCGUGGUGGUGGUUUAUAACGACUCCGGGGAGGAGUACAAACUGGGCACCAUCAAGGGCCAGUUCAACUUUGUGGAGGUGCUUAUAAAGCCACUGGACUACGAGAGCAACCUGGUCACGCUGCAGUGUCGCAAAGAUCUGGAGGGUUUGGUGGACACCAGCGUGGCAAAGAUCGUCUCUGACCGCAACCUUCCUCUGCUCGUGAGACAGAUGGCGCUGCACGCCAAUAUGGCGUCGCUGGUGCACCAGUCCAGGGCGAACCCAUCGGACGCGUAUGCUUCAAAAUGGCUGGCAAGAUUGAGACACAUCAAGAGGAUCAGGACCCGGGCUCAGGAGGAAAUCCAGUCCCGUCCCACUCAUGGGAUCUCUCUGACUCAAAGCCACGGUCCCAUGCAGAAUAAACCCGCCCACCAGCCCUCCGGUGCUGCUUCCAACCCGGACGCCGGCCAGAGGAAGAGGCUCGUGUCCACCGUCGACGAUUUCACAGACUUUGUUUAGUGAGAGACCCAUGAUGUGUUUUUAACCGAGACGCUGCGUUCCCAUCAGUCCGGACGAAUGAACCCUUUCCUGAAGGCGGAGGGCAGGGAGUUGAUAAGAUAAACCCAUUGUGCCAGCAGGAAGAGAUCCGUUCAGCUGGUCUCACUCAACGCUGGGUAUGAACUGACUGACUGACUGAAUGAAUGUCAUAAACGCUGCUCUGUCUGCUGAAGGAUGGAUGUAAAGACACACACUGGCAUAAUCGCACGCCAUUUUUAGCAGUAUCGC